AUGAGACAAAAAGCAGGGGUCCAGAUGGAGGCCCCGUUGACCAGAUAUAACAGCCAGGUCCGCCGGAACUCUCGGCUGCCCUUUCAAUGGCGAAUCACACACAGCUCCCGCUGGAUGGCACAGGUGCUGGCCUCAGAGCUCAGCCUCAUAGCCUUCCUCCUGCUGCUGGCCAUGGUCUUCUCCAGGAGGUGGUUACACCCCUCUGGGAGCCGCUUCCAUCAGCGCUGGCCGGCGAACGUCAGCAAAAGAAUCCACACUUCAAUCCACGUCAUGUCCAGGGGGCUCCUGCAAGCCUGCAAGCCCUGGAGCUGUUCCAGCUCAGACCACGAGAAAGACAGUUCCAAGCUGUGGACAAACCAGCCGCCCUUUGUGGUGGCCAGGAUCAUCUUCACCCUGGCCGUGGGGGUGGGCUUCGUCCUCACCAUCUGGUUGCACCUGCCCUACCUGCCCCGACUUCAGAGAGUGCCCGCCUUUGGCUUGAUUGGGAUCAUCUUGAGCUUCAGUGAAGUCACCUUCAUUUUCUCCACCCUCAUGUUGUUCCCUGUCAACCUCUGGCUCUUGGAGUUGAGGAAGAAUUUCUCCGUCCCCAUUGGCUGGAGCUAUUUCCUUGGUUGGCUGGUGUUUGUCCUGUACAUCGUCUGUGCGGUCCUUUGUUACUUCAACCAUAAGAGUUUCUGGAGACUGAUUCUGACCCACUCUUCUGCCACCGUGUCCUGCUGCAGCAGCUCCAGCUCAGAGGAAUCUCUGAGCGAGUCGAACAUCUCCGACACCACUAGCAACCACGAGGAAUUCCUGAAUUCCCAGUAA